AAAAGGGCGAACUAUCAGUCAGUUUUUCUUUCAAGUCCGACAGUUACAGGUAGAAGAAAAAAUGGUUUCUACAAAUACCAUCGUUUUACUUUUCUUUGCGGUUCUGACAUUUCACAUCAUGUCAGUCCAAGCAACCAUAUUAGGAAAAGGCAUAAAAUCAGUCCUACGAGAUUUGAAGAUUGUUCUCAAACAAAUCCCAAUUGUGGCCUUUUUUUCGCCUAUUUUUGGACCCAUUAUAGGUUUACUUCAAGCAGUUUUGGGAAUAUUGUAAUAGGUUCCGUUAUAAAUACUUAUUCCAAUAAAAUAACCAUUAUCAUUAAAAUACAUUAUUUUAUUUAUUUAGCAACAUUCAAGCAAACAACUAACAAUUAA